AUGGUGAGAUGGUUCAACCUACCGGGAAAAGCCACUGACACCAUCGUCGGCUCCGGCACUACCUGGACGACCAGACGGAGACGCAUUGUUCGAAAAUUUUUACUGCCGCUUUUAUGCGACGCUGUGUCGGCUAUUGUUCGCUGUAAUCAGCUGUUGUUGGGGCCGAAACGAUACGAGAAAGUCGAUAGUCGCGGAGAAAAAUUAGAGGUUAACAAGUACAUAAUUUCACAUGGAAACAGGAAAGAGUUGAAACAAAUCGCGGCGCACGUUAGAAGAUGUCAACGACAAUUACGUAUGUACUCCAAACAACGGACUGUAGUUACCGGUACCGGGUACCGGGUAGUGGGUACUGGUAAAAUGGUAAAACGGCGAGUCGAAGGCGACGGGGAUUCCGAUAUGCCGUGCACGGCGUGGCGUAUCGGGCCACGACGAUUGAUCAUACUAAAGAAAUCGAAUCGAAAACACAUCGAAAGCGCCCGAGAUCCUAUUAGAUACGAAAACUGGCGCUCCGCAUCGAAUCCAAUAGGCCACCAGCUGAGUGUGUGUAGCAGCAGGACCUGCAGAGCGACACUAACGUAA